CCUUGCGCUGGAACCAGGAAAUGAACUCAGGAUCGGCCCCCACACUCCCAGGCCUUCAGAUGUCUGAGUUCAACGCACUGUACUGUGGAGAUCGCCAGCAGCAGCCCAGUGCAGGUGCUCUCCGGAGCUCAGCUGCCCCUCCGAGCCUGCAGAUAUUGGACAGCACUGACCCCAGUCCCUUUUUCUGAGCCCGGGCUGACAGGAAAGGGACACCCUGCUCGGGUUGUACUGGUUGUUGAUGAGUAAAUGAUUUCUCAGGGCCGCUGCUGUUCCCUGUAGGAACGUGAGCCCCGGCUGGCCACAGCUCACUCCACGCCUGGGCACCUGCAGGCUUGCCCAGCCCGUUUCCUCAGCUGUGAAAUGGGGACACGAGAACAUCCUGCUCCUGGAGUGGCCUUGGAACCACAAUGGUUCCGGUGAAGAUAAGGCAAGAAAAUUGAGUAAGCCUGUAAGACUUCCUAGAGCAGCGAAGGUGGCUCCUCCUUUCCUGCCCUGGCAGAGACUGACCCACCCCAGAGCCGGGGAAGGGUGUGCACUCCGGCUGGCACACAGCAGCAGACCAUCGGCCCCUGCCUUGGGCCCUGAGAUUGGCAGAAGUGUCCCUCGAGGCCCCAGUCCCCCACCAUGAGGUGCUGUCCACGGAGACCCUUUCACCUGGGCCAAGGUGUCCUGUGGCCCCUGCUCUUGGCUCUGCUCAUCUUCUUCGUCUUCACCGUGCCCUUCUUUAUCAAGGAGCCUAGCACAAAGCCUUCCAGGUAUCAAUAUUCAUGGAACAAUGUAAGGUGGGCUUGGAAGUCACUGCAAAACUCAAUGUCCCUGGCUCCCAGCCUGCGACAGUGGACAAGCAUCCAUGCAGAGCCAGUGCAAAAGAACGGCAUCCUGGACACAGACCCUGGACCCACAGCGCACCCAGUCAGAGGGAGCAGGAAGACAGAGGGUGCCCGGGCACCACAGUGGAAGCAGGGGACGCUGCCCAGUGCAGCCAUGGCAGCACUGCCGGAGAGACAGGGAGAAGAGAAAACCCCGGGGGAUGCACUGCCACUCCUGGUGGGGACAACGGCAUUGACAUUGCAGAGUCAGGGGGACCAGAAGGGAAUGCCAACAAAGACAAGGGUGUUAAACAGGCAGCAGGGCAAAGCACUGGCCACCACAGGAGGAGUGACAACGAAGACAAAGCAAGCAAAGACCACAGCAGCUGUCCCAGCCAAAGGGAAGGCAGCACAGGGCGCUCCCACACCUUCCCCACGCCCCGCCAUACCAGGACCCCAAAUAUUGAAGGCUGCCAACUUCAAGUCGGAGCCCCGGUGGGACUUUGAGGAAAAGUACAGCUUUGACGUGGCGGGUCUGCAGACGUCAUGCCCUGACUCAGUGAAAGUCAAGGCUUCCAGGUCAUCAUGGCUCCAGAAUCUCUUCCUGCCCAACCUCACUCUCUUCCUGGACUCCAGCCGCUUCAACCAGAGUGAGUGGGAGCGCCUAGAACACUUUGCACCUCCCUUCGGCUUCAUGGAGCUCAAUCACUCCCUGGUGCAGAAGGUUGUGGGCCGCUUCCCACCAGUGCCCCAGCAGCAGCUGCUCCUCGCCAGCCUGCCUCGGGGGAGCUCCCACUGCAUCACCUGUGCCGUGGUGGGCAACGGGGGCAUCCUGAACAGCUCCCGCACAGGCCAGGAGAUAGACAGCCACGACUACGUGUUCCGACUGAGUGGAGCUCUUAUUAAAGGCUACGAGCAGGAUGUGGGUACCCGGACCUCCUUCUACGGCUUCACGGCCUUCUCCCUGACCCAGUCGCUCCUCUCGCUGGGCAGCCGCGGUUUCCGGCACGUGCCGGUAGGAAAGGACGUUCGCUACCUGCACUUCCUGGAAGGCACCCGGGACUAUGAGUGGCUGGAAGCUCUGCUUCUGAAUCAGACCCUGGUGAAAAAGAACCUUUUCUGGUUCAGGCGCAGGCCCCAGGAAGCUUUCCGGGAAGCCUUACAGAUGGACAAAUACCUGUUGCUACACCCAGACUUUCUGCGCUACAUGAAGAACAGGUUUCUGAGAUCCAAGACCCUGAACACCACCCACUGGAGAAUAUAUCGGCCCACCACUGGCGCGCUCCUGCUGCUCACCGCCCUGCAGCUCUGUGAUAAGGUGAGCGCCUAUGGCUUCAUCACCGAGGGCCACGAGCGCUUUUCUGAUCACUAUUAUGAUAAAACAUGGAAAAAACUCAUCUUUUACAUAAACCAUGACUUCAAGUUAGAGAGAGAGGUCUGGAAACGGCUACAUGACGAGGGUAUCAUUUGGCUGUACCAGCGCCCCCAAACUCCCAACGUGAAGCACUGACUGGCGCCUGGGCUAUAAAGGUCUCUUCUUUACCGCCUCCAAAAACGGGGAGCUGGGGGAGUCUUGAGGCUCCUCUGCCAUCUGCUCCAGCCUCCAAGCCCUCCAGGCAACACCUCUGAAGAAAACUCCCUCAAGAUGACAAGGGGUUGGAGUCUUCGAGAAAAGUUGCUGCAGGCUCUGAUGGAGAUUCCUGAGGGGAUUCGGGAUUAAUGGGGGGUGAAAGUAGUCAAAGCCCCAAAUCACUAGAAGAGCACCCUCCACUGUCCAGAAGCCACUUGGCUCAAACUGAAGAGCCGAAACACAGAGAGACAAACUCUGGAUUGAGUUUGAAUUUCAGAUCUUCUUAGACAUUAUAAAGUCGUGGAGUUAUCUGAUAAUCCUAGUAAUCAUCGGAUUCUAAAAGGACCGGACUUUUCCUUGUCCUCUGAGUUAUUUGACAGCCCAGUGUAUUGUAGAAAACAGUAAAACAAGUGAUUCUUGCCCAUGAAGAUGCAAAUAAAUUUUGUACAAUGAAGAUUUCAUAACUCCAGGGAUAGUCACCAGCCUAGUACCAACUUGAAAAUUCACUCUGGAAAUCCUGAUUGCCUAAAUAUGUGUCUGGGGCUGGGAUUCUCUGCUGAACCAGUUUUUAUUUUUUAAUUGGUUCUUUCAUUAAUGAAUAAAUAAAAUGCUUGA